AGCUCCAAAACCCACAUAACAUGGCGUCCUUUGAUUCCUGGCUGGCGAGUGUAGAGGACGAGUUUUGGAAGGCGCACAACGAGGUGAUGAACGCGACGGGCCUUCGCCAAGUUAUCGACGCUUUAACGAGCUCCUCUGAGAAUUCGGGCUCCUUUUUUGCCCACGUGCGGGCCGAGGUGGAAGCGUUUUACCGGUCGGUGAACUGGUCCGAACCUUUCUUCCGCUACCUCGCUGCUUUUCACGCUCUUAUUUGGAUUGUCGUCCUGUACGGAACUCGCGGCUCAGCUUCUGAUGAGCGUCUGAUCGUUGUCUGCGUCAUGCUGACCUGCACCGUGCUUGCUGGAGUGGUGCUGAACAACGUGGGCCGCCGCUACGCGAGCUCUAUUUUUGUGGACCCUGACGUUAAUUACUUUUCCGAAGAUGGCAUCUUUAUCGCGGCUGUGUUCAUGGCGCCGAUGAUUGUACUGAUUCUGUGCUUGCAGCUUCGCAUGGUGUGCCGUGCGAUGAGGCUGAUGGUGGAGGUGAAGCGGGCACAGGUGAAGCGCAGACUUCGAAGGGAGGCAAAACAACAGUCUGCUGCUGCUGAGUCAUCGUCCGAGACGAAGAAGGAACAGUAG